AUGGAUGCCCAACCUACUCAAAACCUAGAAGACAAUAACGUACCGGGAUCUUUUCCUGAGCCUGUAGUUCUGGACAGAUAUGUCCUAAAUGUUGAUGAACCGGCAACGCAUAAGCCUACUGAUGCGGAAUUCUACAUUUCCGACUCUGCUGGCAAGCUCAGGCCAAAUCAUGCCAUGCUCAAAGAUCAUUUUUUCAAGGAGGGAAGACUGGAGGAAGAACACGCACUGUUCAUUUUACAAGAAACAACGGAGAUGCUGAAGCAGGAGGCAAAUUUGGUGGAUGUAAAGAGCCCUGUAACAAUAUGCGGUGAUAUCCACGGACAAUAUUAUGAUUUAAUGAAGCUUUUCGAAGUCGGAGGCUCACUAAACGACAAUUGUUAUCUAUUUUUGGGAGAUUAUGUCGACAGAGGCUGUUUCGGGAUCGAAUGUCUGUUGUAUCUGUAUGCCCUCAAGCUAACUUAUCCAACCAAAUUUGUACUACUUCGCGGAAAUCACGAAUGUCGCCAUUUAACUGAAUAUUUCACGUUCAAACGCGAAUGCCUUCACAAAUACUCUGAACAAGUAUACGAGGCGUGCAUCGAAUCAUUUUGCGCUCUGCCAGUCGCAGCCCUGGUAGAUCGUAAAUUCUUUUGCGUGCAUGGUGGAAUAUCGCCGGAGCUCAAUACACUCAAUGAUAUUGCUACUAUGGAUCGUUUCAGAGAGCCUGGAUCUCAUGGACUGCUUUGUGAUCUCCUAUGGGCUGAUCCAGUAUCAGGGUUCGGCGAAGAAGAUAAACCCAACAGUCUUGUUCCUAAAGGCACCACGUUCCUUCACAAUGCAACUCGUGGAUGUUCCUACUUCUACACGUAUGCCGCUGCCUGCCAGUUCCUCGACAGGACGCAUCUCUUAGGGAUCAUUCGUGGACACGAAGCACAGGACAAUGGUUACACAAUGUUUCGAAAAACGCCGACCAGGAAGUUCCCUUCGGUCAUCACGAUAUUCUCCGCCCCAAACUAUCUAGAUGUGUAUCACAAUCGAGGCGCGGUGAUUAAGUACGCCAACAAGAACAUUACCAUCAGGCAGUAUAAUGCCAGUCCACAUCCAUAUUGGCUACCGAACUUUAUGGAUGCGUUCACCUGGAGUUUGCCAUUUGUUGGCGCCAAGAUUACGGAGAUGCUUCUCGCCAUCUUGAGUAUCUGUAGUGAAGAAGAGCUCACGGAAGACGGCUCCAGCGAAGAAGAGGAAGCAGAGUCUCAAGCAUUAGCCGAUAUGACACCGGCAGACUAUCAACAACGGCGGCAAAACAUCAAGAACAAGAUCAUGGCUGUCGGCCGGAUGCAAAGAGUAUUUCAGUUGCUUCGAGAGGAAUCAGAAGCAGCAUCAGAACUUGUGGCUACGGAGGAUAUUUCUAGUCAAGCGACUGCAGGUCUGCGUGUAGGACCUGACGCAUUGAACGUACAAGGAACCCAGAUUGGAAGGAACAUCCGUAGCUUUGACGACGCUCGUCGGUCUGAUCUCAUGAACGAGCGCUUACCCGUAUUCGAGCCCGACUCUUCACCUAGCGCAAGCCCGACGACGAUGUUCCCUCCACCUAGUAUGAGGCUCCCUAGUAGAAGGGCGGGUAGUAUGGGUGAAGGCCUGAAUAUGGAGAUGUUGAUCAAGAAGACGUUGGAAGAAGAUGAAGACGAUAGUCCGAUCGUGGAGAGGUUGGCGGAGCGAAUUGCGAGGGGGAGAAGGGUCACUGGGAGGCCUCAGCCGUUGAAAAGGCAUGAAACGACGUGA